AUGGGAAAAUACAACAACAUCCGCCACAUCGUGAGGCUCCGGCAGAUGCUCCGGUCGUGGCGCCGGAAAGCCGCGUCCCACCGAUCGCCGCCGGACGUCCCGCCGGGCCACGUCGCCGUCUGCGUGGGCCCCGAUCGCCGGAGGUUCGUCGUGCGCGCGGCCCACCUCAACCACCCCGUAUUCCGGCGGCUCCUCAGCCAGGCCGAGGAGGAGUACGGCUUCGCCGGCCGGCCCGGCCCGCUCGCGAUCCCCUGCUGCGAUGAGUCCCUGUUCGAGGAGGUUCUCCGGGCUGUGUCCCGGGCCGACCCGGAUCCGGGAAGGUGCUGCCACGUGGGCGUCCGGCGCGGGGGCUCCGAUUUUUUCGGCGAAUCUCGGCCGUUGCUGUUCGGCUUCAGCGCCUGA